CUAAAACUCAACUACAACUACACAGGAAUCUUUAAGUGGUGCCUACAUAAAAUGCAUGUCACUAAGACUUAUCUACUUGCCAUUGGCCUAUAUAAACACAUAAAAAAGAACCCUCUACCACCACAGCUCUCAGCAAAACGUGAAACCAUUCAAAGCUUUACUCUGCUUUCAAAGUCCUUACUUUCAUUAUUUGCUUAUCUAUAUUGAACUAAAACAACCAUGGCUAUCCGUAUAAUCAAGAAGUCUUCGACAACUAAAGAUGUUCCGAAAGGCCACUGUGCUGUGUAUGUUGGGGAGGAACAGAAGAAGAGAUUUGUGAUCCCUAUAUCAUUCUUGAACCAACCUUUAUUUCAAGACUUGCUUAGCCAAGCUGAGGAAGAAUUUGGUUUCGAUCAUCCAAUGGGUGGUCUCACAAUACCUUGCAAAGAGGAUGUCUUCAUUAACCUUACUUCUCGUUUGAGAAACUGAUAUGGAAACUUGCUUUCACAAUUUUAUAGAAAAGUAAAGCAGGAUUUGCAGAGUCUGUAAAGUUUAGGAGUU